GCGCGGCUCAGCCAGUUCAUAAGCGGUACCUACGAUCCAAGGUCCGCGCCCCACUCUAAAGUGUCAUCGAAAAAUAUAAUUUCUUUAAAAAAUUAAUUAUUUUAAUCCAUGUUCUUUAACGGUGGUUAUUAAUAAAUAUUUAUUAUAAUCAGUGAAUUUCAAAAACAUUUUUACACCUUUCUCUUACUUUUAUUUUUAUUACUAUCCUUCUUCUUUAAUUACCACCACCAACAUCAUUACCGGUCAUCGGUGGACCCAUAAAAGAGCAAGUGGAAGUGUCCACCAGAGAGAAAAGAAACAUAUGACACGUUACCCGUAAACGUCUUAUUGUAAAGUAUAUAAUUAAAAGUUUUUUUUUUUUUAAAUUAACAGUGCGCGACAUUUACUGUCGCGCGGUUUAAAAAACUAUCGAGGAUCAUGAAGUCCUCGAUUGUGACUUUUCUAUUUGUCACGACACUUGCUGUAACACACGGAUCAAAUGUACGUGUAAAACGUCAAGAUGAACCAAAAAAAGAUGAAAGCUUUGAAAGUGAAAUAUGCAAGGAUAAAGAUGCAGGCGAGUGGUUUCGACUUGUCGCCGGCGAAGGUGACAAUUGUCGAGAUGUAAUCCAGUGUACAAGUUCAGGUUUGCAAGCCAUACGUUGUCCAGCGGGUCUUUAUUUUGACAUUGACAAACAAACUUGCGAUUGGAAAGAUGCUGUUAAUAAUUGUAAACUUAAAAAUAAGGAACGUAAAGCUAAACCUUUACUUGUAACUGAAGAACCACUUUGUCAAGAUGGUUUUUUGGCAUGCGCUGAUACAUCUUGUAUCGAACGAGGGCUGUUUUGUAAUGGGGAAAAAGAUUGUUCUGAUGGAUCUGAUGAAAACAGUUGUGAUAUGGAUAACGAUCCAAACAGGGCACCACCUUGUGAUCCAGCAGUUUGUGUUUUACCAGAUUGUUUUUGUUCUGAAGACGGUACUACUAUCCCCGGUGAUCUCCCCUCAAAAGACGUACCACAAAUGAUAACAAUAACUUUUGACGAUGCAAUAAAUAAUAAUAACAUUGGACUGUACAAAGAAAUUUUCAGUGGAAAACGUAAAAAUCCAAAUGGUUGUGAUAUCAAGGCUACAUUCUUUGUCUCACAUAAAUACACAAAUUAUUCAGCAGUCCAAGAAAUGCACAGAAAAGGCCAUGAAAUAGCUGUACAUUCUAUUUCACACAAUGAUGAUGAACGAUUUUGGUCUGAUGCAACUGUUGAUGAAUGGGCAAAAGAAAUGGCUGGUAUGAGAAUAAUUGCAGAAAAAUAUGCAAAUUUGACAGACAAUAGUGUUGUUGGUGUACGCGCACCUUAUUUACGUGUUGGUGGAAAUAAUCAAUUUACUAUGAUGGAAGAACAAGCUUUUCUCUAUGACUCGACAAUUACCGCAGCCCUCAAUAAUCCACCUCUAUGGCCGUAUACUAUGUACUUUAGAAUGCCGCAUAGAUGUCACGGAAACCUUCAACAUUGUCCAACCAGGUCUCAUGCCGUAUGGGAAAUGGUUAUGAACGAACUUGACAGAAGAGAAGAUCCACAAAACGAUGAAUACUUACCUGGAUGUGCUAUGGUUGAUUCAUGCAGUAAUAUUUUGAGCGGUGAUCAAUUUUACAACUUUUUGAAUCAUAAUUUUGAUCGUCAUUAUGAUCAAAAUCGCGCGCCACUUGGUCUUUAUUUCCAUGCCGCGUGGUUAAAAAAUAAUCCAGAAUAUCUUGAUGCUUUUCUCUAUUGGAUCGACGAAAUUCUUGCCAAUCACAAUGAUGUUUACUUUGUUACAAUGACACAAGUAAUUCAAUGGAUUCAAAAUCCACGUACUAUUACUGAAUCCAAAAACUUUGAACCAUGGAAGGAAAAGUGUGUUGUUGAUGGGCCACCAGCAUGUUGGGUUCCUCAUACUUGUAAACUUACAUCAAAAGAAGUACCCGGUGAAACAAUAAAUCUUCAAUCUUGCGUUAGGUGUCCUAAUAAUUAUCCCUGGUUGAAUGACCCAACUGGCGACGGUUUUUUUUAAAUCCCUCUAUAUAAAUAUUUAAUUUACUUGUCAUGACUUAAACUGCACGUGAUUUAAAUAUUAAUUAUGAUAAUGUUAAAAUCCGUGCUGUGAAUAUAGUUUUUUUUUAAAAUACAAAAAAAAACAAUUUAAUGUGAUCUACGUGAUCGAGUGCCCAAAAUUUUAUUAGGAUACAAUUUUCAUACUUUUUUUUUAUGUAAACUAAAAAUUAAAAAUUUACUUUUCGAGAGCUGGAGUGGUCACUAUGAAGUUAAUAUGAUAAACUUCGUAAUUGAUAAUAUUAUUUUAAUUAAUAAUAAAACGGAAAAUUGAUAGAUAAAAAUAAAUAAAAAAAUAGCUUAUUACUUCUUUUCUAGUACUUUAUCAAAAUAUAAAUAAAACUGUCAGUAAAGAAGUGUGUAUUAUAGCCACGUUUAUAUAUUUCAUUCUCAAACUACUAUCUCAAUACAGUUUUUUUUAUAUUGCCUGUAAAAUUAUUAAAUUUAAAUUGAUUUUUGUAAUCUUUUAACUCAUGAGCAUUUCGUCAAAUCUUACACAAAAAUAUCCUUACAUUUUUUUUUAAGGAUUAUUCUAUUAAAUAAUUAUAUAAAUAUAUAAUUUAUACUU